GACUCGUGUUCCCGCGAUAUCGCGAUUCGCGCGUUCCUCGUCAUCCUUUUACUCGCUCUCGUCGACAUCAACAUCCACAAACACCUUGAACCUUGCUUGCACUCAUCAUUUCCAACGCUCGCUCCAACACGUCAACCUCGCGCGAUCACUAUCCGCUCUACUCGCCACCCGAUACCGCCGAUCCCCUCUCCUCCCUCCCGUCGCGCGUCGUCAUCAUCAUCUUCCACUUCUUCCACGACCGAGCGCAAUUCUCGCAUUGUUCCUGUCUCUUCCUCUCCUUCCGCUGACGCCGCUCGCCUUUCCUCGCUCGCUGCGAGGCUCACGAGAAGCUCUUUGGCAUCACUCCCUCCUACUUCUCCUCCUCCCCUCCUCCCCUCCUCCCCUCCCCCUCGCGCUCGGGACAGCAAGCGUCACUCAUCACCUUCUCCACUUCAUAACCCGCCGCGAUUCUCCUCCUCCCAAGUCCAGUCAACCUCUCUCCCAAGUUUGUAACCACCAUGCCUCCUCUUCUGGGAGCCGCAGACUCCUUCAACUCGUCCGCCGCCACCAUCAAGGCCGGCAACACCGCCGACUCGUCGCGCGACCGUCGUAACAACCCUUCCUCCUCCAACCCCCUCCGCCCACAGGACAGCGUCGGGCGAGAGUUCGAGGCCUUGAUCAACGGGCGCGUCGGCCUCCUCCAGAACGACGACGGCUUCGGCAACGCCGAGCUCCUCUCGCGCUACCUCCGCGAGUCCCACACCCUUCCCGGCGAGAUCUCCCUCUCCAAUCCUCCCGCUGACACGACGACCUUCAACCCUCUCUCUUUCAUCGCGGACCCUGCAGCGCCCGACGUCAACUUCUUCGCCGACUCCGAGUUCGAGACCACCAGCUCGGCAUUCGCGUUCCAGCAGCCCGCUCCCUUGCCGCAGACCAUCUCCCCAGCUGUCAUCUCCGGCCCCUCUGCUGGCUCUUCCGCUUCGCCAUUCGAGCGCCCCACGUCGGCCGCCUCUCACAGAUCACACCACUCGAACUUCUCGUGCUCGACGACCGAGGGGAGUGGAAGCUACGUCACCACCGACGACGACGGGGACGACGUGAUGAACCACACCGCGUCCGCCGCGGCCUCGCCAUCGCCUCUCAACGAGAUAGGCGCGCUCAACAUAAGCUCUUCCACUACUUACUGGAGCGUCGGGCCCUCGAGCGGCGUGCAGACCAUCGCGCCAACAGCGCAGGCGCUCGGCUCUAGCGCGCGCAAUGCGCCCCCUUCCGCGCCUUCAUCCACCGCGAGCUCAAGUCGCCGUCGCUCGCACGCCGUCAGCUUCCCUGAGGAGGAAGAUGACAACAAGCGCCAAGCGCGACUUGAGCACCGCCGCUCGAUCAACCGCCGCUCGGCGCAGAAGCACCGUCUUCGCCGCAAGGAGGAGCUCGAGGACCUGUCGCGCAUGGUUGCCGAGCGCGACAAGCGUAUACAGGAGCUCGAGCGUGAACUUGCCGUUGCCAAGGGCAACCUGGAGACACUCAUGUCGCUUGUGAAGCGAAACAAGCAGGGUGCAUGAGUGGUGGUGGAGAAGGAAGAAUUGUGUAUCACUUGAUGAUUGUACUGUUGACAAUGUGACCUGUAUGGUGGA